ACAAAAAAGAGGAUUACGGGUUAGAUUGGUUAGAAGAAGGAGGAAAUAAGAUAGAAAAAGAAUAUUUAAUAGAAGAUUUGAAUGAAAUACAAAACCUAUGGCCCGUAACGUGUCUUGUUUCUCAAGAAGAAGAGGAAUUCCAACCUAUCCCCGAUAUUUUUGACUAUUACUAUGAAAAUGAGGUUCGGCUUGGCGUUGAAUACGAGAUUGGAGAACUUGAAGAGAAUCAAAAAAGACAAUUAGGUCAUUUGAUUGAUCGUAACGUAAACCUGGGUGCUCAAAGUAUUCAUGAGUUGGGACGAACUAAUAUAAUUCAGCAUACCAUCCCCACUCAGAAAAAUUUACCUAUUCGGCAACGCUCUUACUGA